CCUCCUCCCCCCCCACAACCCGCCGCAAAUCCAUCGCCGAGAUCCAACACGCGCCACACGCCGGACGAGCAUUGUGGCCGCCGGACGUCGACCUCGCUCGCCGCCGACAAGGGACUGCGGCGGCGCCGCCAUGCGCCGGCCAGAUCCGCGCGACACCCGUCCGGAUCUGAUUCCCUCCUCCUCGUCCCCGCCCGGCGCCAUAUAGUCCUCGGGACAGGGGGAGAUCUCUUUGUCGGUUAGGGUUUGUUGGAGGCUGUUGCUGAUCGUUCUCUUCAUAUUUCGUCUGUGUGGCGGAUCGGUUGGAGGGGAUAGGGAGGGAGAGAGAUCGAUGUCGUCGUCGAGCUCGCCGUGCGCGGCGUGCAAGCUGCUGCGGCGCAAGUGCACGCAGGGGUGCGUGUUCGCGCCCUACUUCCCGCCGGACCAGCCAGCCAAGUUCGCCAACGUGCACAAGGUGUUCGGCGCGAGCAACGUGACCAAGCUGCUCAACGACCUGCAGCCGGACCAGCGGGAGGACGCCGUCAACUCGCUCGCGUACGAGGCGGAGGCGCGCCUCCGGGACCCCGUCUACGGCUGCGUCGCCUACAUCUCCAUCCUCCAGCUCAGGAUCAAGCAGGUGCGCGAGCAGAUCGUCGAAGCGCGCAAGGAGCUCGCCGCCUACAUCGGCCCCACUGCCUUCGCGCCCCUCGUAGCCGCCGCGCCGCACCCGCACCAGCACUACCUCCCCUCCGCCGCCGCUGAGGCGCACGGCCAAUACCACCUCCCAGGGACGAUGGGCGUCCCCAUCGCCGGCGGCUCCUUCACGCACCAGGUGCAGCACCAGAUGGCCGGCCUCCAGGUGCAGCACCCGCAACACCACCACCACCUCCUCCACCACCAGCAGCAGAUGGUGAACGCGCAGCACAUGGCCUCUGCCGUCGAGGUCGCGCGGGAUCCGAACAUGGAGAGGAUCCUUCGCGCGCGCCAGGUCGCCUAUGCCCAAGCCAACGCCACCACCGUCGCGGUCGAGGCGCCAUCUGGUUCUCUCAACGCGGACGCCUUCCACGGCGGGUCGUUCCUCCUCCACCACCAGCAGCAAUCGUCGGCGCAGACCGAGCCGGCGAUGGCCCUCCCGUUCCGCGUGGAGCCGUCCCCGCCUCAGCCGUCGUCGGGCCACUCGCACGACGAGGUGUCUCAGCAGCAGCACCACCACCACCCCCACCAUCACCGCCACCACCACCACACGGACGGCACCGACGAGGUUAGUGGCGGCGCCGCCCCGCCGGGCUGAGCGCCGGGCGCCCGCCUCCGUCGCCGUGCGUGCGUUCGUGCGUGUGUGUGUUCCAUCCACCUUCCAGCUCUAUCUCGUUCGUUUCGGUUUCUUUGCAGCGGUUUUUUCGUCUUCUCUGAUCUCAUAUGAUAUCGAGCAAACUGACAUCCAUGGCUCCCUUAAAGCAUCCAUGACAUCUUAAGGCGGACGAGUGGUGAUCUUUCUCAAGGGUUCUUCAUGAGUUGCUUUUCCUCUCCAGAGUGAGCCGAAUAAAUGCAGCAGAAACAGAGGCAGACUCUCAUCAUGGAGCAUCAUUGUAGCCAAAAGUAAUUAGUGAUAGAAAAACAGGAAAAAAACACACACAUUUGUAUAGAUGCAGCAGACAGACAGAGGAGUGAGAACGUGAGACAGUGAAACAUGCAAGGUCUCUCUCUGUUCAUCAGAAUGGGGGGCAAAUGGUAAGAGUGAUAUAAGCCGGCAGUCACCAGCUGGGGCACAGGGAGCAGCAAGCAUUUAAACCCAAGAAAAACAAGGAAAAAUACUUCGAUUCUUCUGCAGUAUUGAUCCUUUUUAACUACUGUACUAGCUACAUGUCUUGGUCACUUCUGCAUUGAUUCCUGAACAUAUAUAGUCUCAUUCUCUCUGAUUCUUUUCCCUUU